AUGAAUGCCAGCAGUAAACACCCUUUAGGACAUAAGAAUGUUACAGGAUAUGAUAUAUUAGCAUAUUCCUGGUGGAGGUUUAUGAACGACUCAGCUGCACCCCCACACUGGCUUGUGCAAUUCCCAAUGGUCAAGGCUACUGUGAGAGCCAUGGACACAGUCACAGACUUCAUGAAGAAAACGUAUAAUAUUAAGAUCACACAGUUCAUAUUGACAGGUAUUUCAAUGAGUGGCUGGGCUGCUUGGCUGACUGCAGCCGUUGACAGUAGGGUUGCUGGGAUAAUUCCCAUUGGCAUGGAUCUUCUGAACUUCACUGAGAACUUCCACCACCAAUUCCGAGCAUAUUGCGGCUGGUCUUACAUGUUGAGACCCUUCUAUGAGAUGAAUAUAACUCAGGAGUUGGACAAUCCCCGUUUCAGACUUUUGGCUUCGCACGUGGACCCGAUGGAAUAUAAUGAGCGAUACACAAACAUAUCCAAGCACAUAGUCAUUGCUUCAGGGGAUGAGUUUCUCCCAUCCGACAGCUCACGUUAUUACUUUUCUCAGCUAGAAGGCGAAAAGAAUUUGCUCAUCAUCCCAAAUGAUGACUACAGAUUUAAGAGUUUGAUAAAAUUUAAUCCAGUUCUCGUUUUCUACAGUAGCAUCAUAAACAAUUUUCGGCGUCCUUUUGUUUCUUGGCAGAGAACAAUGACAAAUACCGUUGAAAUCAUCUAUUUUUAUGCAUCCCCGGACCCUAAUCGCAUUUUCUCUUACCAUGCUGACACUGUUGGUGGUACCAGGCAAGACUUCAGAAUGAAAAUAGCAGCUGGCAAUUCUUCUCAAGACAAUCCUGUAAAAUGGAUUAAGACAGAUGUAGAGCGUGUGAGAAGCAGUCAUUAUAAGAAGGAAUUCAAAAUUCCAGCAAAGGGCUGGAGGGCCUUCUUCAUUCAGGCUAUCUUCCCAAAAGAGAGAACUCCUUAUUUCGUGGUAUUGACAUCAGACAUUCACAUCAUCCCGGACAAUUUCCCGUGUCCUGAUUGCAGUGGUGAUGGAUGCCAUGGAACGUUGGUCUGAAAACCUCCAAGAAACAUCAACAAAGCGAUUCACAUUUCAUAAUGGAAUUUUGGUGGUAGUUUUUAUUAUAUCAGCUCAAUAACUUAAGCAAAAGGGUACUAGAUGGAGGUCUGUUAACAUUGUAGCUCUGGUGGUACUAGGUAGCCAAUUUGGUUUUAAAAUGUCAACAAGUUCUUAAUGUUAGAAUAUUGAACUAGGAUUGGGGAGCCCUGAGUUCAAAUCCCCACUGAGCCAUGAAGCUCUGUGCCUUGUCUUGCGGAACUUACUCUAUCUCAGUUUAUUGAUUGUAGAUGGUUGUCAUAAGGAAAAAAAUUGGAGGUUGCACCAUGUAUACUGUUCAGAGUUCAUGGGAGAAUGGGUGGGGUCAAAAUCAUACAGUAAGAGCAAAGAAACUGCGGACAUUUUUCUAGGCAUAAAUAAUCAAAAGUUUGAGAGAGUCAGAGAGUAGGAAAACUUUCCCCAAGACCACUAAACAUCGUGGCUGAUGGAUCUGCAUUUCUCACCUGUCAAUCGAUGUCCCUGGUCAGUGCUUUUCACUGAUACCUUUUUCUAUCUUUUCUGGCUCCCAUGUCUACUAAGAACCAAACUAGAUGAGAUGCUGCUCUAGCAUCUUUUAUUUGCAAAUAUUAUUCAUGCAAGGAGAAAGAGUUCAACUUCCAUCCCACAGCUAAUUUCAUACACAAUGCAGGGAAAUCGUAUACGGACAAUGGAAAUUACCGAACACCCAGACUGAAAACACUCUCUCAUAAUGUGGCUCCAUUCUGAAGUUGGCCACACACAGCUACAAUUAGCAGUCAAUUGAGGGUACCCCAGGAAAGUCCCCCUCCCAUUUGGUCCUCAGUUACGUCUAGUGACAUGAUCCAGCAAGCAGCAGAGCAGAGGCUUCCCAUCCCAAGCUGCUCAAAUGUGUGAAAGUUCAAACAUUCUAGGAUAUUCUAGGAAAUCUGUGCAACUUGCCAUCUUAGCACCAUAGCACCACUUUGGUGAAAUGCAUGACUUAUCUUAUAAACAUGUUAUGGGAAUAACUGGCCCAAAUUCCCUUUAUAUGAGUGCUUCUGCUGUCAUUUUCACUAUACAAACUACUUUCCUC